AUGCAUCUGAUUAAUGCGGUGGCGCUGGUUCAAGUGGCGAUCAGGAAUGGCGGCGGCGGCGUACUGGGGGCGGAAAUCGAAUUUGGAACGGUUUGGUGGUUUGUCUAUGCAGGGAUCUCAUGUGUUUUAGUGCUCUUUGCCGGAAUUAUGUCGGGAUUGACGUUGGGUCUCAUGUCCCUGGGCCUCGUCGAACUCGAGAUCCUCCAGCGCAGCGGCACACCCUCGGAGAAAAAACAGGCUGCCAUAAUACUUCCAGUGGUUAAGAAGCAGCACCAGCUUCUCGUGACGUUGCUUUUAUGUAAUGCUGCAUCAAUGGAGGCCCUUCCGAUAUACCUUGAUAGGCUUUUCAAUCAAUAUGUUGCCAUUAUACUAGCUGUGACUUUUGUUCUAGCAUUUGGAGAGGUUAUUCCUCAAGCAAUAUGUACUAGAUAUGGACUUGCAGUAGGUGCAAAUUUUGUUUGGCUGGUCCGCAUUCUAAUGAUAAUUUGUUAUCCAAUUUCUUACCCUAUCGGCAAGAUUCUAGACUGGGUACUGGGACACAAUGAGGCACUGUUUAGACGAGCUCAGCUGAAGGCACUUGUCUCCAUCCACGGCCAGGAGGCUGGUAAAGGAGGUGAGCUCACGCACGACGAGACUACGAUUAUUAGUGGAGCACUAGAUUUGACUGAGAAGACUGCUGAGGAGGCCAUGACACCAAUUGAAUCAACUUUUUCCUUAGAUGUAAAUUCAAAGUUGGACUGGGAGGCAAUGGGAAAGAUUCUAGCUAGGGGCCAUAGUCGAGUUCCUGUCUACUCUGGGAACCCGAAGAAUAUUAUUGGACUUUUACUGGUAAAGAGUCUUCUUACUGUGAGAGCAGAAACAGAGACCCCAGUGAGCGCUGUUUCUAUACGAAGAAUUCCACGUGUUCCUGCAGAUAUGCCCCUAUAUGACAUACUUAAUGAGUUUCAGAAAGGUAGCAGUCAUAUGGCAGCUGUUGUGAAGUCUAAAGGGAAAAUGAAAAUACCUCCAUCGAUUGAAGAGAAGUCUGAAGAGAAUGAAGUGACAAAUGGGAAUUCAGACUUAACUACUCCAUUGCUAUCGAAGCAAGAAGAGAUGGCAGCAAGUGUUAUUGUUGACAUUGAAAGGGUUCCAAGGCCAGCCUCUAAAAACAACUUAACAUAUAAUGAUAUAGUUACUAAUGGAUUGUCCCCUUCAUCAGAUGAUACUGAAGAUGGUGAAGUUAUUGGCAUUAUCACCUUGGAAGACGUAUUUGAAGAACUUUUGCAGGAGGAAAUUGUUGAUGAGACGGAUGAAUUUGUCGAUGUACACAAAAGGAUACGGGUGGCAGCAGCUGCAGCUGCUUCAUCAGUUGCACGUGCCCCAUCAAGUCGUAGGUUAACUGGCCAUAAAGGAGCUGGAGGCCAAAAUAAGCCAGGGCAGACUCCCAAGAAGUCAGGCAAUGAUGACUCGACCUUUGCAAGAUUGCAAAGGAACCUUGGGGAGCCACUUCCUGUUGAUUUCUCAUCUCCAACUUGCCCUGAAAGUUUGUAUUCCAAACCGCAUUGGAUUGCCACAGAGAAUUCUGCUCAUCAUCCCUCAUCUGUGUCAAGGUUGCGUAGCCAACGAGCCAUUUGGCUUGUAAUUUUCAACUGCCUUCUGAAGAUUGCUCUCUCGUGGUCUUAUAUGUUGGCCUCGAAAUCUGGAUGA